AUGACAUAUAAGUAUGAAUAUAUGGAUGAAUCAUCCAUCGAUAUUAGUCUUAAAUGUGUUAUCUGUUCUGAUCCUUAUAUAAAUCCUUGGUCAACACCAUGUGAUCAUACUUUUUGCCGAUCUUGCAUUACACAGUGGAUUGAAGAAAAUGAUCGAUGUCCUGUAUGUAGCAAAAAACCCAUAACAAUACAAGGUUUAAAAGCAACAAAUCGUGUUGUGUUCGAUAUACUUGAUCGUCUUCUUGUUCGAUGUAAAGCUUGUCGACAAACAAAUAUUCAACGAGGCAAUUUCGAUGAACACUCAAAUAAAUAUUGUUUAAAAACCUUUGUUUCCUGUUCAGCUUCAGAUCUCAAAUGUCCUUGGCAAGGGCCACGAGAUGACUUACAAGCUCAUUCUACUAUAUGUUCUUAUGAAAUGAUGAGACCACUUUUUGAAAAUAUGAUAAGUGCUAUGAAUAUCCUUUCUGAAAAAGUUCAACAGUAUGCAAAUCAAACUAAAGAACAUGAAAAUCGUAUAAAUUUACUGCAAAUCGAAAAUAAUCAUUUAAAAGAUGAAGUCAAUUUACUUCAAAACCUCUAUACAGAACAAACAACCGAAUUGAAAAAUCUGACUUCUGCCGAUGCACAACGACAAGACAUUUGUAAUCGACUCAAUGAAAGAAUGCAACUUAUGCAAGUUGUCUCAAAUCCAAAUGUUAAUCAUAAUCCACGUCUUGAAGAAAUAUUUUCUCGAUUUCAUUCUUAUUCCACUAUAACCCUCAAUGAUUUACGAAUAGAUAAUUUUGAUAUACCUUUUAUUAUACGUAAAGCAUUGAUUAUGAAACAAUGUUCGGUUUUACAUCUAAGAAAUAACUUUAUUGACACUACUGGAAUUGAACUCUUAGCUAUUGCAUUACGAUCCAAUGUUGUACUUAAACGACUUUCUCUCAAAGGCAAUCGAGCAGGACCACAAGGUGUGGAAUACUUAACUAAAGCAUUACGUACCAAUACAACGCUUGAAGUACUUGAACUUGAAACCAAUGAUAUUCCUGAUAUGGCUGCUAUCUAUUUGGCUGAUAUGCUUCGUCAUAAUUGUACAUUAAAGGAUCUUUUUAUUGGUUACAACUUCUUUGAAAGCCGAGGAAUGGAAAUAAUGGCAAAUAGUCUUGAUAAUCAAAGUACUCUUGAAAUACUUAGUUUAACUGGAAAUAGGCUAGACGAUAAAUGUAUCAAUGCAAUUGAAAAAAUGCUUAACAAUAAUAAAAAAUUACAACAACUUGAUUUACAUGAAAAUAAACUUUCAUUGGAAGGCAAAACACGACUCCUGUAUAUUGGUAAUGUUAAAAAAGGAUUUAAACUAAAUAUUUAA